AUGUCAUUACCACUGAGGUUUGACUGUGCUUUAUGUGAAAACGGAGCUAACUGUGCGAACGAGGAAUGUACAUGUGUAGGACCUUUUGCUGGACCUCUCUGCAGUGAUGUUGUCUGUGCUGAUGCCACGAGCCCAUGUGAGAACGGAGGUUCCUGUGCGAACGAGGAAUGUACAUGUGUAGGACCUUUUGCUGGACCUCUCUGCAGUGAUGUUGUCUGUGCUGAUGCCACGAGCCCAUGUGAAAACGGAGGUUCCUGUGCGAACGAGGAAUGUACAUGUGUAGGACCUUUUGCUGGACCUCUCUGCAGUGAUGUUGACUGUGCUUUAUGUGAAAACGGAGCUAACUGUGCGAACGAGGAAUGUACAUGUGUAGGACCUUUUGCUGGACCUCUCUGCAGUGAUGUUGACUGUGCUUUAUGUGAAAACGGAGCUAACUGUGCGAACGAGGAAUGUACAUGUGUAGGACCUUUUGCUGGACCUCUCUGCAGUGAUGUUGUCUGUGCUGAUGCCACGAGCCCAUGUGAGAACGGAGGUUCCUGUGCGAACGAGGAAUGUACAUGUGUAGGACCUUUUGCUGGACCUCUCUGCAGUGAUGUUGUCUGUGCUGAUGCCACGAGCCCAUGUGAAAACGGAGGUUCCUGUGCGAACGAGGAAUGUACAUGUGUAGGACCUUUUGCUGGACCUCUCUGCAGUGAUGUUGUCUGUGCUGAUGCCACGAGCCCAUGUGAAAACGGAGGUUCCUGUGCGAACGAGGAAUGUACAUGUGUAGGACCUUUUGCUGGACCUCUCUGCAGUGAUGUUGUCUGUGCUGAUGCCACGAGCCCAUGUGAAAACGGAGGUUCCUGUGCGAACGAGGAAUGUACAUGUGUAGGACCUUUUGCUGGACCUCUCUGCAGUGAUGUUGUCUGUGCUGAUGCCACGAGCCCAUGUGAAAACGGAGGUUCCUGUGCGAACGAGGAAUGUACAUGUGUAGGACCUUUUGCUGGACCUCUCUGCAGUGAUGUUGACUGUGCUUUAUGUGAAAACGGAGCUAACUGUGCGAACGAGGAAUGUACAUGUGUAGGACCUUUUGCUGGACCUCUCUGCAGUGAUGUUGUCUGUGCUGAUGCCACGAGCCCAUGUGAAAACGGAGGUUCCUGUGCGAACGAGGAAUGUACAUGUGUAGGACCUUUUGCUGGACCUCUCUGCAGUGAUGUUGACUGUGCUUUAUGUGAAAACGGAGCUAACUGUGCGAACGAGGAAUGUACAUGUGUAGGACCUUUUGCUGGACCUCUCUGCAGUGAUGUUGACUGUGCUUUAUGUGAAAACGGAGCUAACUGUGCGAACGAGGAAUGUACAUGUGUAGGACCUUUUGCUGGACCUCUCUGCAGUGAUGUUGUCUGUGCUGAUGCCACGAGCCCAUUGAGAACGGAGGUUCCUGUUGCUUAA